AUGACGGACGCCGAGCUCCAGCGCAUCAUGAAGAAGGGCGCCGAGGGAAGCAGCAAGGCCCACGGCGGCGGACUCGUGCGGCGCGAGUCCCUGGCCGCCACGCCCCCCCUGCCCCCGCUCUCCCCCGAGGGGUCCCCGCAGCCGUCGCCGCAAAACUCCCCAGCCAGGCACAGGAAGUACAACCUAUCCUACAGCGUGGGCGGCCUGAACAAGCCAGACCUGCUGGAGGCGGCUGGACGCGACGGAGGGGGCCGAGCAGGAGGCGAAGGGCGCGCCGGCAACAGCUCCCAGGGCAGCUCCCAGUCCACGCCCCGGAGAGGAGGAACGCCGCGCCUUCAGGAGGAGGAGGAAGCAGCAACCACAGAGCCACAGGAGGUCCUUCAGGAGCUGUGGUCCCGAAGGAAGGAGGAGGAACGGCUCCGCACCGCCAACCACGAGCCGCUCACCAAGAACAAGAACAGGAUUAAUUUGGAGCCUCUACUGACCCUAGGACCGAGCGGAGGUGACCUGGACGCCGGGGAAAUGACCUCCACCACGGACGCCCUUGACCUGGACUCCAUGCUCGACGGAGGAGAAGCCACGGAGGCCACGAGCGACGACGACGCCACCUCUGCCUACGACCCCGACGUCCACCUCAUCAGGAAGCAGCUGGAGGGGCUCGAGGGCAUGUACUCGGAGGUUCUGAAGCUCUUAGGAGGAGGUCGACGCGGCGGCAGACACCUCGGAGGAGGAGGCGGCGGAGGAGGCAUCGGGGACUUGAAGAACUCCCGGCGGCGCAUGCACGGGUCCUUGUCCUCCCUGCCUUCGUCUAUCAUGUCCUCGCGCCCCGGCAGAGACAAGCGACGGGUUAUAGACGACAGGGUGAGGAAGGGCGGGAGAGAUAACGGAAAGUCCAUUCACAAGAGGUUCCAGCGCCUCGAGAGUCACGUGGUCACCCUCGCCCGCAGUGUCGCCCACUUGAGUUCAGAAAUGCGAACGCAGCACCUCAUGUUUCAGGAGAUCGAGAGCAUCCGCGGGGAGGUGGCGCUCUCCGGACGGCGGCGGCGGAGGAGGAGGAGGGCGCAGGAGGAGGAGGAGGAGGAGGAGGAGGAGGAGUGUGAGCGCGGGCCGAGGAGGAGCUGCUCACGUCUCCUGGGAGUCCUUCCGGGCGGGGAUUCCCGGCCUCUCGAACCCCGGGAGGGUGAAGAAGCUGACGCAGUUCUUCGGAGACGAACCGCCACUCGUCCGCAUAUUCCUGAGGAAGCUGGGCUAUGAGAAAUACGCCGGUUUAUUCGAGCAGGAGAAAAUCGGGAUGCUGGAGCUCCCUUAUCUCACGGAGGAGCGACUGCAGAAGAUAGGCAUCCCUAUGGGCCCCCGCCUCCGGAUCCUGCAGGAAGCCCAGGGACCCAUAAGGAAAGAAGGGAAUUUAAGUGUAUAUGUGGUGUAGAAAGGGACGGGGGUGUCGUGAUG